AUGGCAUCGUCUAACAUCGUACAAGGUGAACAAAAUGAUAAUUUAACGAUGUUGAAUAAAUUCAUCCAAACUGCUGCAGAUGAUGCUGAACGUGUAUCAUAUUAUUCGAAACGUGCAAAAGUUUUAUUUGAUAUGAAAAAAUGGACUGAUGUGAUGAUCGAUAUAGAGUUUUUGGAAAAGAACCAAGCACUUGAUGAUGAUUUAUUAACCAUUAAAUUGUAUGUUAAAUUUGUUUUGAUAGUAAAUCUAUAUAAAGUGUAAUGUUCAUUUUAAAGGAAGUCAAUGAUUCAUCAUAAAGUAGCAAAAGUUCGAAACUCUAUGAAAGAUAAACUUGGCACUAAACGUAAGAAAAUUUUGUUGCAUAAGAAGAUGCAUCAUCUGAAGUUUUUUUUAAAUAGUAUUCGACAAUGCUGAACAUGUCGAUUUGUAUAUUAAUAUCAGCGAAGAGAACAUAGAUGAAGUUAUUAAUAGUAAGUUCAAAAACAAAUAUUAUAAUUGAUUAUUUAUUUAUGCCAUGUUCUUUCUGGAGAAGCACACAAGAAAGAAUCAUACAACAUCAAAAAGAAAAUACAUAGAUUAAAAUUUAACAUGUUAUAUAUUUAUUUACUGUUAAUGGUUGUUCUUUCUCGUGUUAAUCUGAAUAUACUUAGGUCUGACCAAAAGUUCUGCAAUUUAAAAAAAAAAGUUAAAGAAAAAGAGAAAGUUCGAGUUUUAUUUUAUUAAAUGUUCAAAAUAGUCCCCAUGAUUAUUUAUACAAAGUUCCAUCCUUUCUAACAGUUUGUCGAAAGUUUUUUUAUAUUCUUCUUCAGGAAUAUUUUUCACCACCUUGGAUACCGCACGAGCUAAUGAUUUUUCAUUUGGUUGAUCACUUAAAUUACACUUGAUGUAAUCA